CGUCUUCUCCGCUGUCCGCGAGUCGCGUCUAGAUGGCGCACAGGUAAAAACAAGCGAAGAACGGUUUAACAGCUGCCUUGAUACCUUGCUUAGUCGACCGUCUACUGUUUAAGAAUAGAGUGACCGCGCGUGUGUAAGACUGUUUUAAAUGUGCGACACGGGCACCGGCGCGCCGUCGGAUUUCCACACGUGAAAAACGACCGAAUCGGGUGAACGUGUGAUGUAAAUAUGCAAGAAAACAAGGGCGAAAUGUCACCGAAGCCGAACGAGAUGCCUGGCGGCAACCAGCUGAACCUGAUGAUUCAGGAGAACCUGUUACAACGUUCCAUUCAAAAUGUGGCCCUUUCCCUGCAGAAUGCCAUGAUGAAUUCCCUGCAGCAAGCCGCGCUUCUGCCGGCGAACUCAGCCGCAGCAGCUGCAUUGAACCUUCAGGCGUUAGAGUCGUACCUAACCUUACAAAGACUGAGUACGGUGUCGGCAAACGUUCAAAGCAACUCCGGGAGGAUAGAUAUCCUCAAAAUCGCCACGAAUACCGCCAAAAUCAAUGAGGAAACGAUCAGCAAUGAAGAAGAAACCACCAACAACACCAGCCUCACUGAAGACGUGGACCUGGCCGAAGAGGUCGAAGAAGAUUUGGCCCUCCUGGACAAUGACGAAGCUCUCAACAACUUCCCUUUGCCCUCGUCUCCUGUGGACACGUCGUACCCCAGCCUAAUAAUGAACUCUGUGUACCAGAACCCCUCCAGUUCGCCUCCUGGUGUGUCAUCCUCAACAACAAGCUCAACUGCGACCAGCGGCGUAACGACGACAAGGCAGAAAGGGAGCUCGAGACCCAAGAAACAGUUCAUUUGCAAAUUUUGCAGCAGACAAUUCACCAAGAGUUAUAAUUUGUUGAUUCACGAACGGACUCACACGGACGAAAGGCCGUAUUCCUGUGAUAUUUGUGGAAAAGCUUUUAGGCGGCAAGAUCAUCUUAGGGAUCACAGGUGA